AUGCCAAACUACAAGCUCACUUAUUUUAAUAUGAGAGGGAGAGCAGAAAUUAUUCGCUAUAUAUUUGCAUAUUUGGACAUAAAUUAUGAAGACCAUAGAAUAGAACAAGCAGAUUGGCCUGAAAUCAAAUCAAUCCUUGGCAAUGUGACCACCUCUACCACAGUUAUAGCAGGCUUCGUCCUCCUGAAGAUCACCAUCUUUGGCAAGAUGACCAGACUCGCCACAGCAGGAACAGAUGUCUGGAAGAGACGCGGAAACAAACUGGAACCUUCUGCUACAGCUUCUGAUUCUAUGACCAUGGUUUCCUUCAGUGGGGCAUUCGUGGGCUCAGUUACCAGAUUGCCCACACUUGAAACACUCAUUGCUGUUCAUGGCUGCAAUUUGUCUGGAAAAACGGAUUUGGAACAAUGUCAAGUUGAUGCUAUCGUGGACACACUGGAUGACUUCAUGUCACGUUUUCCAUGGGCAGAGAAAAAGAAAGAUGUAAAAGAAAAGAUGUUUAAUGAACUUCUCACAUGUGAUGCACCUAUUCUUCUGCAAGAUUUGGACACAUAUUUAGGGAAAAAAGAGUGGUUUGUUGGUAACUCUGUAACUUGGGCAGAUUUCUACUGGGAUGUUUGCAGUACCACGCUUUUGGCCUUUAAAUCUGACUUGCUAGACAUCCAUCCCAGGCUUGUGACUUUACAAAGAAAAGUCCAAGCUAUUCCAGCCAUUGCUGACUGGAUACAACGGAGGCCCCAAACCAAGCUCUAG